UACUUGUAUAUUUAUAUAUAAUAAUACCCAGAAACACAACCACUCAUCACAAAGUCUUUUCUUAAUCUCUAUCUUGUCAGUGUGUCUUUGGCUCGUCCUCGUACCAUGUCUGUGACAGCCAUGGAAGACAACAAAGAUCAAGCUCAACUCGUUCGAUUAGAAGACGAAGAAGAGAGUGAGUCGAUGACCGAGUUGUUCCCGAGUCUUGACGAGGUCGAGCAGAUCAUAGGUUACGAUUUUAAAGAUAAAAGUUUGUUGCGACGAGCCUUUACUCAUAGCUCGUACAGAGACAAGAGCUAUGAGCGACUCGAGUAUCUGGGCGAUUCAGUGCUGAAUCUUUUGAUAGCCAGUAGGGACUAUUUUGGAAAUCCGGAUCUGCCACCAGGGAGGCUGACCCGGCUCCGAGCCGCCAAUGUUGAUACCGAGAAACUUGCACGUGUGGCUGUCAAGCAUGAUUUGUAUAAGUAUCUGCGGCACAAGAAACCCCUACUUGAUGGACAAAUUAGAGAAUUCAUGGAUGCAAUUCCAGAGUACCCUUUCCACUCCAAUGGCUUGAUCGAUGCCCCAAAGGACCUCGCUGACAUGGUUGAAUCCACAAUUGGUGCCAUUUUCAUUGACUCCAAUUCCUCAUUGGACACUACAUGGAAGGUAAUCAAGAGUUUGUUGGAGCCAAGAAUCACUCUUGCAAUGCUUCAAGUUCAUCCAGUGACAAAGUUCUAUGAACUAUGCCAGAAACACGGAUUUAAAGUACAAUUUGUAGACUUAUGGAAGGAAAGCGGGGCUAUUGAAGUUUUUGUAGACAAUAAAUUUGUUGGAAAAGGGAUGUACAGACCCAAGAAGUUAAUUGCACUAAACAGAGCUGCAAAUAAUGCGUACAAUGUAAUUGUGAAAAAUUUGAGCAUAGAAGAUAACAACAAAGAUGACCAUGACUAAUAUCAAAUGAAAUGCAUUCGAGAAAUUAGAAAAUAAAGAACGAAAAAUAACCUACAAUGUUGAACAGGUUCUUAGUGCCUUGUUUGACAUUUCCAAUUUGACUGUUUACAUUGUGUAACAGUUAGCUACCUACUUACAUAAAAAGGCACUUAUUGUUAAA